CGCUUGCGCUUAUGAUGCGCGAUGAAAACAUAAACAAAACAGCUGAGGGCAAAACGUAAAAGGAAGAAAACUCAAGGAAGUUUAGGAACGACCAAACCUGUUCGUUGGCAGCUGAGAUGAUCAUUCGUGGGUCACUUCUCGCCUGUGCGCGCAGAAAAAUGGUGAACGAACUGAGCAAAAAUGUUUCAAACCGAGCGGCGGCUACGUGUACAACACAAGUAGGACCGAUGAUGUCAAGACAAAAAGAUCUGAUGAAGUUACCGGUGCCGCCGUUGCAAGAAACGCUCCAGAGAUACGUCGAGUCGAUCAAGCCACUUGUUACGCCUGCCCAGUUCGAGAAAACAGCGAAGGUUGUAGGAGAGUUUGGAAAGCCAAAUGGAAUAGGAGAGAAGUUGUACAAAGUGCUGGAAGCCAAAGCAGCAUCUACAGAAAACUGGCUUGCAGACUGGUGGUUGCAAGGAGCCUACCUCACAUAUAGGAUGCCGGUCGUUGUGUACUCAAACCCUGCAAUGGCACUGCCUAGGCAGACAUUCACACAGAAAGAAGACCAACUCAGGCAUGCUGCUUUGCUUAUUGCUGGAGCUCUAGACUUCAAAGCCUUGGUGGAACGGCAACAGUUGGCUCCAGAAAUGAUGGGCAAGCAUCCUUUGGACAUGUCCCAGUACCAAAAAAUCUUCAGCACAUGCCGUGUCCCAGGUGUCAAACAGGAUAGCUUGGAAACCUAUUUUCUCAGUGACAGUCCACCUAAACAUGUGCUGGUCGUGCACAACAAUGAGUUUUUUGCAGUUGAGGUCUAUGAUAGCCAAGGAAAUCCAUAUGAUGAGCACCAAAUUCUUCAGCAACUUCGUCAGGUGGUGGAUAUGUCGGCAAGUGUUGGUGCCGGAGUUGGUAUUCUGACAACUGAGCACAGAGAUAACUGGGCGAAGGCAUUUGAGAACCUCUGCAGAAAUCCUCACAAUGCAGAAUCUGUGGACUCCAUUAAGAAAGCCAUCCUCGUGGUCUGUCUUGAUCAAAAACUAAAGGCUAAGGAGCCAUAUGAAGUGGCCUGUGCUUAUCAAAUGCUUCUUGGAGGCAGAAAUGGGGAAAAUGCUGCCAAUCGCUGGUGCGAUAAAACUGUACAGCUGAUUGUCGGAGAAGAUGGCUACACAGGGAUGCUUUAUGAGCACAGCCCCUCAGAAGGUCCUCCCGUGGCAGUGCUGGUGGAUCAUUGCUACAAGUACAUUGACAAGAAGCAGGGUUGUCCAUCGUCUGGUAAAACAGCUGACAAAAUUCCCAAGAAGCUUGAAUUUGUUGUGUCCCCAGACACCACAGAUGACAUCGAGAAAGCACGUUCCUCACUUUCUAGGCUCACGGCAGACCUAGACCUCUUCAUCUACAAGUUUAAAGGAUACGGAAAGGAAUUUAUCAAGUCUUGCAAGCUAAGUCCAGACAGCUAUGUCCAGAUGGCAAUGCAGCUAGCAUACUACAAGAUUUACAAGGCACCCGGUGCAACAUACGAGAGUGCUUCCACACGGAAGUUUAUUCACGGGCGGACUGAGACCAUCCGCUCAACUUCAAGUGAAAGCUUGGCUUUUUGCAAGGCUUUUGAAAAUAGUCAGACCAAACUUUCAGAAAAGGUAGAGAGUCUACGGAAAGCUGUUCAGAACCACAAGGACUAUACAAAUUUGGCUAUUAAUGGACAUGGUGUGGACCGGCUGUUGCUUGGUUUGAAACUUAUUGCCAUUGAAAAUGAAAUUCCCAUGCCUGAAAUAUACAAAGAUCCAGCGUACAACAUCAGCACUGAGUUCAAAAUUUCAUCUAGUCAGGUGGCAACACAGUGCGAUGCAGUCAUGUUUUAUGGCCCACUUGUCAAGGAUGGCUAUGGCUGCUGUUAUAACCCACAAGCACACACUGUCACAUUUGGCCUGUCAUCCUUCAAUAGCUGUGCCACCACAUCCACUGGGAAAUUUAGGGAUGCCCUGGAGGAAAGCUUGACUCAGAUGCAUGAUUGCCUCAGGCUUGCACAGCCAUCAAAGUUGUAGCAAGGAUUGUUAUGCAUCAGUAUGCUAUUGUGCAGCUGUGAAGAACAAAUUGUUGGCGUUUUCUCAGGGGUUGAGAAGUGCAUUCUAAGAAACUAUUGAUGCAGUGCAUAUGUUUUUUAUAGCUUUGAUCAAACUGCUAAGAUAGACGUUGCUUGUUUAUACGUGUCACAAGAGUCGUUAAGCAAAUUUUGCACCCAUUGUGUUGAUCAAAAAAUACUAUGUACCUGAGUUCUACUUAACAGUGACCAGAGAAGGUUUGGGUGGUGUAUGCCAGGAAGUCAAUGCCUUCAUCAAAAAUCAUGUUUUACAUUGUAGUUAAGAGUCUAGAAAUGGAUACAUUAUUGUUUACCAAAACUGACUGUUUCACAAAUAAAAGCUUAAAUAACCUUCA